UCCCCCUUUUUCUUUACUUCUCUUCUACAGUUGACCAUUCGGAGCGGCGCAAGAAAGAAUGGCUUCCUUCAAUGAUGUUGAUCAUAAAAAGGAAUCUUCCAAGAGAGGCAGCUGAAUGGAGUGACAAAGAUGUUCUGGAUGCUGUGGCUAAGAUCUCUCACCUGCAAUUGGAUGGCGAAUCAAUCGAUGAGAUUGAUUUCACUCAGUUUAUUGAUGAAGAAAUCUUGACCAAUUUGUAUCUUCAGAAUAACAAAAUCAAACAACUCAACCACCUCGACAUCUUGUGCAACCUUCAGCUGCUUGAUUUGUCUAACAAUGAAAUUGAGUUUGUGGAGAAUAUAUCCAAACUUCAUCAGUUGGUGUUCCUUGAUUUAUCCAACAACUUCAUCAGCCAUGUUGACAUUGAUGAAUUCCCGCAAUCUUUGAUGAUUCUUCACCUGUCAGGUAAUCCAUGCUGUGACAAUCCUGAUUACAGAGGCAGAAUUAUCCAAGACUUACAAAAUCUGAAUGAAUUAGAUGGACAACCGGUCGGUAAAGAAGAACAACAGGAAUGUGGCUUUGUCAUCACUCGCAGUGAUGAUUCUGAUGAAAAUGAUGAUGCUGAUAAAUCUACUAAAGUUUCUAACAUUCUAGAGAAAUACACAUGUACCAACAAAGAAAGCAAAGAUUCAAGAAUUGACUCCUUGGACCAAUUACCUGAUAAGGAAUUACAGUUACAUGGAAACAAUGAGACAGAUCAGGAAGCGCCAACAUCACAAGGAUUCCUUAACAGUAUUGAUACAUCAUGAAGAGAUUGUAGCAGUGUUGUCUUUUAACAAACCGUUUUUUAAAAAUAAAUAAAGUUUUCAACAUCAGUA